GAAUGUAACCCGGAAGUGCUUAAUUUUUAGCCCCACAUGCAAACAACAACAAAACUACAUGGGAACAAUUCGAGCUUAUUUUCUGAUAACAUACUGAAGUUAACGACGCAGUAACGGAAAUAUUCUUGUCUAAUUUCUUUAGUUUCUCCUUACACACUUUUAAGUCUAAGUACCUAGCGUUAGCACAUUAGCCGGGUCAGUGUGCACUUUCCGAAGCGUUUAAGUUGACGGUGUUGCCAAGGAUCUGGCUUUAUUUGACACUAGGACAAACACAUGUAACCAUGGAACCAUCUCCAGAUUCUAAAACCAUGUCCAACCAGGCAGGAGCAACACAUACUCUACGUUUCGGCCAGGUGGUCAUUGGACCUCCAGGCUCAGGUAAAACCACCUACUGCCAAGGGAUGCAGGAGUUCCUGACGCAAAUGGGACGCAAGGUGGUUGUGGUAAAUAUGGACCCCGCCAAUGAAGGACUGCCAUACACCUGUGCAGUAAAUAUUUCGGAGCUGGUCACUUUGGAUGAUGUAAUGGAGGGCUUGAAGCUUGGGCCCAAUGGUGGACUUCUGUACUCAAUGGAGUAUUUGGAAGCAAAUAUGGACUGGUUGGAAAACAAGCUCAAACCCCACGGAGAUUGUUACUACUUGUUCGACUGUCCUGGACAGGUGGAGCUCUACACCCACCAGUGCUCAGUUAAGAAUAUAUUUUCACAGCUCGCCAAGUGGAACUUCAGGCUGACCGCUGUGCACCUUGUGGAUUCCCACUACUGUGCUGACCCAGCCAAGUUCAUCUCUGUGCUGUGCACCUCUCUGUCCACCAUGCUACAUGUGGAGCUCCCUCAUGUUAAUGUGCUGUCCAAGAUGGACCUGAUCGAGCAAUACGGCAAACUGGCCUUCAACCUGGACUUCUACACAGAGGUCAUGGAUCUGACCUAUCUUCUUGAUCACCUGGCUGCGGAUCCCUUUUUUAAAAAGUUCUGUCGUCUGAAUGAGAAGUUAGCAGAAGUCAUACAGGAUUACGGCCUGGUCUCCUUCGUGCCCCUCAAUGUUCAGGACAAAGAGAGCAUGAUUCAGGUCUUACGAGCAGUGGACAAGGCAAACGGCUACUGCUUUGGAGACCUGGAGGAGAGGAAUCUGCAAGCUAUGAUGUCAGCAGCUGUGGGGGCAGACUUCCAAUUCAACUCUACUCUUGGGGUGCAAGAGCGAUAUGUUGAAGCCAGUGGAAGGAGUGUGGAGGAAGAAAUGGACGGCCUGUGAACUGAAAAAUGUCCAUUAAAAGGACAUAACCGUCUGCCUUUUUAGCACCAAUAUUUGAGGGGAGCCCUUAAUGCAUCCAUCUUAGUUGGCCUGAAUAACAUGGAGCUCACUUCUAAAGCUAUGGAAGUGCUUCAAGGCUGCGCCAUGAAAAAAAUCACACCACAAUAACUGAAAGGAUGUUCCUAUUUAUUUAGUUAUUAGAGAGAGUGAGAUGUGGGGUUUUUUUUUUUACCUUGAAUGCUGUACCUGGAGACAACGGUAAACAACAUUUGCAAUAGAAGUCAGUACUUUUAUCUGAGUACAUAUAUAAAUACCAUAGUUUGAAUUGGUUAAAAUGUUCUGUACCUGAUAAUCAAGAAAGUUGAACAGUAACAUUUUACAUAUGCGGGUCUGACGAGAGUUUCCUGUCAGAUGAACUACUAAUUUAUUGUCAUUAAGGAAAGACAAGUAAAUGUGCUGCUGUGAAUAGUUAUUUGUUAUAUUUGCCAUAUUAGUACGAGAUAAAGUGUGAUAGUAAUAGAUUUUGUGUUAAGCUUUGUAAUACAAUUGCAUACAUUAAAAUUCAUUUUUGUUAUGAAU